GUUGCUAGGUGUGGUGAGCUGGAGUGUAUAAAUACAUCUUGUGAAAGUUACCUCACCCCCUUCAAUCAGACAUCGUAGGAAAAUCUUCAGGUAACAUCCACAAGAACUGAACAUCAGUUGAAAAUGUCUUUCAUUAAGGAGUUUCUUCAGCAAGCUGUGUAUAUGGGCAUGUCUGAUGACUUGGGCACCUAUCAAGGGACAGUCACUCCAUUUGCACAUUUUAGUGCAAGCAGUGAUGCAGCAACUUUGGACAAAGCAAUUAAAGCGAAAGGAGUGGAUGAGAACACCAUUAUUGAGAUCCUGGUGAAAAGAAGCAACUCUCAACGUCAGCAGAUCAAGGCAGCCUAUCAGCAAGCUUCUGGAAAGCCUCUGGAUGCAGCCCUGAAAUCGGCACUGAAAGGGGAACUUGAAGAUGUUGUCCUCGCGUUGUUGAAAACCCCAGCACAGUACGAUGCCCAUCAGCUUCAUUAUGCCAUGCAUGGUCUUGGAACUGAUGAGGACACCUUGAUUGAGAUUCUGGCAUCCAGAACUAACAAAGAAAUCAAAGACAUCAAAAAAGUCUACAAGGAGGAGUAUAAAAAGGAGCUGGAAGAUCACAUCAAAUCCGAUACAAGUGGAGAUUUCAGAGCUGCUCUCCUGUCCCUCUGUAAGGCAUCCAGAAGUGAGGAUAGUCUUGUGAAUGAGGAACGUGCUGACACUGAUGCAAGAGCUUUGUAUGAAGCUGGAGAGAAGCGAAAAGGCACGGAUUGCUCAGUCUUCAUUGACAUUCUCACUACCAGGAGUGCUCCACAGCUUCGGAAAACCUUUGAGAGAUAUACAAAAUAUAGCAAGCAUGAUGUGUCACAAGCAAUUGACCUGGAGCUGAAGGGUGACAUUGAGAACUGCCUGACAGCUGUUGUCAAAUGUGCUGGAAGUAAACCACCUUUCUUUGCUGAAAAACUGUAUCUAUCAAUGAAGGGAUCUGGAACAAGAACUAAAAUACUGACGAGGAUUAUGGUUUCCCGCUCAGAGAUUGAUUUAAAACGAAUUAAAGAGGAAUACAAGAAGAAAUAUGGAAAAACCCUUUAUCAGGAUAUCCUUGAUGAUACCAAAGGAGAUUAUGAGAAGAUCCUGCUAGCUUUAUGUGGAAGUGAGAACUAAGAUGAGGGUGACAAAGUCCUGGAAGCCAAAACAAUUAAACAUCUGCUUCUUGUAUAACAUUUAAAGUCUGUUAGAUAUCCUUUUUAGCAUGCAGUUGAACACUUUGAUUGGAGCCCACUGGUGCAAAUAAUACUCUAUAAUAGCACAGUGCUGUUUUUUUUUUCUUUAAAGUGAAGUAAUCAGAACUUCAGUUUUCUUCCCUGCUUAUAUGUAAUCAUUUAGAAAACAUUGGAUUUUCAUUGAAACUUCAAGGUUUUCUUUUAUUUUUUACCUGGUAGACUGUAGUUCUUAGGACUGUAUGCUUAAAACUAAUGUAAGAAUUGCAGCUUAAAUGAACCAAAAAGAAAGAUAUUCCACAAAGGAACUAGGGUACUUCAUAGCUUCAUUUCAAAAUAGAAAUAUUGGAGUUUCUACAGUAACUACUCCCAAAACUUGUGCUUUCUUCCAGAACCAUAGACUUUUGGAAAAGUUUUUGCUAUCAUUGUAGAUUUCACAGUAAAUUGGAUGGGACAGUGUGGAAAAGUGUAUCAAGAUUGCAACUGAGAAAUGGUGCUAAAAUGUUUGAGCACAUUUUUUAAAAAAUACUGUCCAUCCAAUGGGAAUUAAUGUUUGUAGUGAGCUUCAUUUGUACUACAAAUGUAAUUAUGCCAACCUGGCAAAUGUAAUUCCUGUAAAUUGUACUUUUUCUUUAAAGAUGAAAUACCAGUACAAUACUUUAGUUUCAUGCUUGCUCACAGCUUAUAUUUAAGUAAAAUAUGCUGAGCAGCAUAGCCUACAAUACACUCUGAUCUUUGAAAUAGCAAUGUUUUGAAUCCAGCUUUCUCUAAAGGAAAUGAUACAAAUAUUUGAUGUAGUCAUAGUAACUGCUGCUUUGUGGCUUGUAUCCCUCUGACUCAUACUCUGGUGGGACUUUUUAAUAUACUGACUGCUACAAGAUUUGCAGUUCAAGUCUGCUUUGACUAAUUGUAAACUUGACAAAUCUCCUUCCUGAAAUAAAGUUAUUAUAUUUGCA